AUGGACGCCAGCAGACAUCCCGACUAUCUGCUCACAUACGAUGCGGCGGAGGUUCAAAGGCUCCAAUUGCAGCACAAUAUGAUCAUACGCGCCUUUGGCGGGCAUCUUAUUGUCGCCUCCAUAGAACUCUCACCCGGGAUGAACGUCCUCGAUAGCGCAGCGGGAACAGGCGUAUGGACUCUUCAGGCUGCUGCCCAACACCCGAACGCCAAAUUCUCCGGCAUCGACAUCGAAUCUAGGGAUUUCCCCAUCUCGCCGCCUUCAAACGCCCGAUUCCUAGUCGAAGAUAUCACUGCUUUACCAGAGGAAUGGUUCGACACAUUCGACCUCGUCCACCAGCGCCUUCUCAUUGCCGCACUUCGCGCUGAGGAAUGGCCGCAAGCCAUCGCCGAAGCGCACCGCGCGCUGCGACUCGGCGGAUGGGCUCAGUUCGUCGAGUGCAGCACGCUAUGGCUACGCGGACCCAUCGCGAGGUGCUUCCUCGAGAUAUACCGCGCGCUAUACAACUCUCGAAACAUGCUCCUGACAUGCGCGGAGGAUAUCCCGCAGAUGCUCGAGGAUGCCGGCUUCCGCAACGUGCGCAGCGAGCGCGUGUAUAUCGAGAUGGCUGGAACGACGCCGGAAGCGACUGCGGCCAGGACGACCAUCGUCGGAGUAUACAGACAGUUUAAGGACGCGAUUAUGCAGGCGGGGGGCUUCGGUCUUGUGGAGUCGGGAGAGGAAUAUGAUGCACUGAUGAGCGAGCUGGAGAAGGAAAUAAAGACGGGAAUCGACGGGACUUACCCAUUGGAGUAA